AUGAGUGAGAAUGCUUUCUUAAUCAAGGAGCCCCUCACGUCUCUUUCAUCAACUUCAUCUGUGAUGAUGACGACAACAGCCACGCCAAGCAGUGAGGAGGCAACCACAUUAGGCCCAGACAGCCUGGAUCAGAUGAAAGCUAUCUACACUAGCUUCCUGACCAACUCCUACUGGUCAUCGCUGAAUUUGAAUAUGUCUCAACAAUCAGCAGAAAAGCCCCCACGUAGUCACAGUAGUAGCAGCAGCAGUAGUAGCAGCAGCAGUAGCUGUGGUAGUGGCGGUUACGACUGGCACCAGACAGCAAUGGCUAAGACCUUGCAGAAUGUUUCACAGAACCAGAGUAGACUGCUGCACCCAGCAUCUGAGCCAAACCUCUUCAGUACUGUGCAGCUUUAUCGGCAGAGCACCAAACUCUAUGGUUCCAUCUUCACUGGUGCAAGCAAGUUCCACUGCAAAGACUGCAGUGCUGCCUAUGACACUCUGGUCGAGCUCACCGUGCACAUGAAUGAGACGGGCCAUUACCGAGAUGAUAACCAUGAGACAGACAGUGAAGGUACCAAGCGUUGGUCGAAGCCUCGCAAGCGUUCCCUGCUGGAGAUGGAAGGAAAAGAGGAUGCCCAGAAAGUUCUUAAGUGCAUGUACUGUGGCCAUUCCUUUGAGUCACUGCAGGACCUUAGUGUUCACAUGAUAAAGACAAAACACUACCAGAAAGUGCCUCUUAAGGAACCAGUAACUCCUGUGGCAGCCAAGAUUAUCUCUUCAGCUCGUAAAAGAGCCCCCAUUGAGCUAGAACUCCCCAGCUCACCAGAUUCCAAUGGUGGCACCCCCAAGCCUUCUUUGUCUGACCCCAAUGACCUUCUUCAAAAGACCCCCAAUCCCUACAUCACACCUAACAAUCGGUAUGGACACCAGAAUGGAGCUAGUUAUGCAUGGCAGUUUGAGUCACGAAAAUCCCAGAUUCUGAAGUGCAUGGAGUGUGGAAGCUCACAUGACACACUACAGGAGCUGACAGCCCAUAUGAUGGUCACAGGACACUUCAUCAAGGUUACUAAUUCUGCCAUCAAGAAAGGCAAACCUAUCAUGGAGUCGAUGUCCACAAUGGCUCCUAACACCAUACCUACUAAUGAAGACAAGGUACAGUCAGUGCCACUGGCUGCCACCGCAUUUUCCCCACCACCACCUGCACCUCCUCCCCUUAGUAUCUCCCCUGCCAUCACACCCAUGGAGAUUAAAAAGGAGGAGAAGGAAGUGGAAUGUACCAAGGAGACAAAUGAUAGCAAAGACAAGAAGGCAACAGAAAGUGAGACUGACGAGAAGUUUGAAGUCUCAUCCAAAUAUACAUAUUUGACAGAGGAAGAUCUUGAAGAAAACCCUAAGGGGGGGUUUGACAUUCUGAAGUCUCUUGAGAAUACAGUAACAUCUGCCAUUAACAAAGCACAGAAUGGCACACCCAGCUGGGGAGGCUACCCCAGUAUUCACGCUGCCUACCAGCUUUGA